UCAAAAAUGGCGUGUGGAGAGUGAUUGUUGUUGUGAGCGGUAAUAUUUUAAUUAUAACUGUCAAAAAGUUGUGUUAUCGACGUUGUUGCUUUGUAAGGUUUUUCAUUGUACAUAUAACGAAUUUCGUGCACAAUCAUGAUUGGGAGUGGAGACUAUUGCGACAGAGAAGCUCUGAAGAGGAUGAUGAGUGAUUCAUGGGAUGGAAAAGCUGUCCCCUACUCGAACAAAUACGAGAUCGAGCAGGCAGUUAUGUCAAACCCAUUACUGCUGAAGCUAGAGCUACCUGAUAAAUCCAUCCUUGUGCAACGUUGUCAGCAACAGUCAAGGCUAAUGUCUAGGUCGAAAUCUGAGUCAUCGACGUUGUUCAUUGACGAUGUUUCUGAUUCCGAGUGUGAGCUGGAACUCACGGGGUGCCCUCUUGAGUGGCCAAUGGAAUCGAAAAGCUUUUCACUGAUGGAAUCGCCACCGUACGAAGACGCCAGCAAAAACUCAGAGUCAUCCGUGAGGGAUAAGCUGCGUGCUCUUCCUGCCGAUGAAGCAAGGACAGUACUAAAUGCUGUGGUCAGUAUGCUUGGUGUGUGCGGAUACGCAACCGAAAUCGACCCAGUAUGGGUGGCUUGUGAUGGGACGGACCCUCAAUAUACUGCAUUCCUGGGUUACCACAAAGGAGGCGGAGCCUGCUCCCGAGCUAUAGUCACUUGCAGAGGUCCAAUUGAAAGCAAAGAAGAUCUCCCUACCUAUGGCUGCAUCCAGAGGAAACACUUCUGGGGAUUGUCCCAGUCUCAUUCUCACACGACAAUGCACGUUCAUGCCAAAUAUGAUGUCCUCCAACACUAUGACCCGAUGAUGAGGGUGAGCAGCGAAGAAAUAAUGAUGCUUGAAUGCUCAUGGAACAAAGCAACGACCCUGCUCCAGCCCCCGCUGGCAGAUUCAACUUGUAACCUUACAAUCCAGAUUCUGCCAGGAAACGACCGCAGUCCAACGAGAUGUAUAUAUAAAGAACUCUCAAUCUUAAAGAGGCUCGUGGACAGUCUGAAGACGGGAGAAGUUAUAUGGGCACCCGACAUGUCAGGCCCGCCUUUCUUGGAAAAAGUGAAGAACAUGCUGAAAGGAACACGGAAGGGUAGCUUUCGGGGAAAAUCGGGAACUCCAUUCUUGGACGUUGGGUGGAAUUCCUCUGACUUCGACCUCUACAUCGAAACAGUGGUGGUGGGGAAGCGGCAAAUUGUAGACUUCACUGAUGAGAUGUGGAACAUUCUCUCAGGCUGCUCGUCAUUUCAAGAACUGAAAGAUGGGCUUACCCUUGUGUUUCGAUCUGUGCAGGCGGGAGAGAGCAGGCCUCUUAUAGUCCACAAGAACCAGACUACGGUGGGAAACAUCCUGCGGGAUAUGAGCCAGCAGUUACGUCCAGAACCAGCCAUGAUGGGCAUCACACCACUGCGUAUGCUGGCUGAGCUGGGGUUACAGAAACUACAAAGAGACUACCUCAACAUCUUCGUUGGUUUGGAGCUGGCAAGCCCAGACCAGCUGAACCCAUUCUUUCUGUCCCCCGGGGACCUUGCUGUGGCGGUGGCCGAGCUGUACAAGCUGCAAGCGGUCCUGGACAUGGUGAUGCUGUGUAAGACCUACUUGCACCUGCCCAUUCACUACCUCAGUGGGUACACUAGGGAAGCCCUGAAAUAUUUCAGCAAUGCUGAUAGAGGGAACUACAUUCACAAGUUCAAGUUUCCGGUAAAGGUGCCUGUUGUCAGGGUGGUGCUUGAAAACGUAUCUCCCAUGGAGUGGACGGCUUCGAUGAAAAGCCGUCAGGGAAACUAUACAGCUCACACUAUUACCCACAUCAGUACAGUUCCGCCCUUUGAUCACCUGAUCUCGGAAAAGACGUUUGAAGCGGCAAGGCACUCGAGGGAACCAGAUUAUUAUUGCACUAUCAUCUCCUGCACACAAGACAAGUUGAGAUAAGUCCUGCGCACAUAAGUUGUGAUAUCUGUACAGUGAUUUACGAGGGAGUGUCCAGGGGAGCAUCAUUGCGGAAAGUGUCCACGGCAAGCAGUUUUGGCCCUACUUCAUGAAUGAGUAUCCUCAGCAGCGGAAGAUUCCACAGUGUUUCGACAACAUCUUACACGUGCGACUGAUACAUAAUCAUUCUUGACAUCUCGCUUGAUGGCUGUAGUAUAUUUGAUAUUGAUUAUUGAUACAAUGAAUGGUAUUAUUUAGCCGUUUCUGAAUCCUGUGUGUCCUGCUAGAGUAUCGUAAUUUAGCUCAAAAUUUCAUUCAAGAUUGCAUUGUUAUCAAUGUCUCCUUUUGGUCUGUCCACUUAUCUGUUCAGCUAUAAAUUUUUGAACUUUCACUUAAUUUUUUUGCUUAGGAAAUCUACAAGAGAAACAAAUUAGUAUUUUUCGAAAUAGUAUGAGCAAACAUUCAUGCCAUCUCACAAACUUAGAAAAGCUAUCCAUAUAGCACUGCACAAAAUGCUUACUAGUCCACUAAUAAAACGUGUGUAAGACUAAAAUAGUUUGUGUAACUGAAAUUAUAGUUGGUCAAAAUUAAAUGAGAAUUCUUUAGCUGUUUCUGAUAGGGUGCUAUGCCUACGAUGGAAUUUGGGCCGAUGUGAACCAAUUCGUAUUUUGUACACAUUUGAAAGUUGGAAUGAUGUUCACAACUUUGCAGCCUAAUUCUUCAAGCAUUGCAUGCCUCUAGUUUUUUUAGCUGUUAUGUCUGUAUGUGUGUAACUGACUCGAUAUCUAAUUAGUUUUUUUACCUGGUCAUGUGUAUGCAAAUCAGCUGUGUUUCUUAAAUAUUUGCUAAAAUUUCAUGAAUUGUGCUUGAAAUGUAUUUUCCUUAAUUUUCUUUACCACCUGGUUUGAUACUACUUGCUUACUACAUUUCUUUACUGUAUACAAAACAUCAGUUUUUGAUGUGGAAGAAGCAUUUCGUUGUUUUGGCUCAUUACAUUUCACUUUUGGCAAA